AUGGCGGUUCAUUCAUCGAACCAUUCCAUCCGAGAAUGGCUGCGAGACAUCCACGCAGACUUGGAGGUUUACAUGCCAGUGUUCGAAGACAGCAAAGAUCUCGAACAAGAUCUGCAAGGUGUAGUAAAGAAAGUUCAUCUUCGGGUAAUCCUGCAAAGACAUGCAAAGCUGAAGAUGCUGAAGUUUUCCGAACCGGCAGCAGGUCGAACACCUCCAAGACAAACUCAGGCAUCCAUGACAUCAAUCGAAUCUUCGGUGCUCCAUUUGAUACCGUGCGCGAAAGGUGUCAUGACAUUUCAGCUGGAUCCACGAAGCAUUCGCAGUGGCUUCUCGGUGUUGAUACCAAUUUGGUGCCUGCGCUCGAUCCAAGGGAAGGUGCACUCGCAGAUGACAUUUACAUCGGGAAAACACAAGGAUGCUUCUGUCUAUGAGCUCAUUCAUGAUAUGUUAAGUGGUAGACAACGUCCAGAGGAUGUUCAACCACUUCAGGUCGUAGUGGAUGACCGAGGGCUGCACAUUGUGAGAGGACAUCGCCGCGGUCUUGCCCUAUGUGCCCUUCAAGGCAUUUGGAGAGAUCGAACUGUGCUGGCACCAUGUCUUCUGUAUAACGCACAGGACUCUGAGGUCACCAGUCAGUUUGCAAACAAGGAUACUCUGGUGGAUGGACUUGCGAUGCAACUGCAUGGGAAAUGUCCUGAAGCCUGGCACAUGGGUAAGCCUCUCUUUCGCACUCCGCAAGAAUGGUGCGAUUCCACAGCUGAUAUUCCUGGACACGGCUCUCACAGAAAGACAGAAAUCCAUCAAGAACAGGUCAACCAGGUCAACCAGGUCAACAAGUCAAACUUUCAAAAUCCUCGGAGAAGCGAACUUUUGAGGACCAGCGUGGUACAUGCUUUGCAUUUGGGGACUUUGGAUCUAGAUCCUGAAAGACAGACAGAGCCUGCUGCAGCUGGUUCUGCCGGAUCUGAUGAAUCAGCGCCAGAAUCGAAGGAUGGCAGCACAGGAUCAAAGUCCGUGUGCUGCCUGUGGUUAGCUGGAAAGUGCUCGCUGAAAGGGCACCACUCCGUUGGGAAGAGACUUUUCUUGCAUCACGAUAUCCCGGAAUUGCAAUCUGGUAUGAAGAGAAGUUGCAAAUACAAACAUUAUGAGACAAGAAAUGGCUCUUUUGCUGAACAUGCAGAGCAGACUGAUGGCACGGUGGGUGGUGUGGAAGGCAGUUGCUCAAGGAUGAUGUCUGGAGAUGUUCCGGGAUUCUCUCGCGUUCAAGGGGAUAACCUUCCUGACUCUUGCAAGAUGAAACAGGACAUGCAGGGAAGUCUACCAGGGGCCCCUCGCAAAUGUCUGGAUGGCUGUGCAUCUGAUCAUCCUGCGGGGGUUUUGCCAGAGAAGUCACUGAUGUUACACGAUCCCAAGCUACCCAUGGGUCAGCACUCUGAAAGUCCAGAACAUCAGCCACAGCAGACAGCGCCAGCUGCCGUUGCGCAUGCCGCUCGCCCCGGUGGCAAAGCCCUUGAGGCAAGAAAUGCAAGAAAUAACUGUACACCGCUUCUGGCAGGGCAUGCAGAGCUGAAAGAGAGCAUGGUGGUCUGUGUGCAGGGCAGCGGCUCAACGAUGACUGGAGAAGUCCUGAAAGUUUCGAGCCGUGGAGGUGUGGCAGUGCUUUACAGUUCCAGAGACAAAACUGGCCAGAGUCAGUGCCAAGUAGAUUGGUUUCCGCUGGAUCGCCUGAAAGUGCCUGACUUUUCCAACAUCAAACCAGGCACGGAAGUGAGUGUCUUAGAAGAUUCGGCCAGCAGCAAGUCCAGCAAGUCCUUUGCUUGUACGGUCUUGCAAGUCUCGGAUGAGAAGGAGAGAGCCCGAGCGCCCGUGUAUGUUCGCUACAACGGGCGCGCAUCAGAUCAUACUGAGUGGGUGGGUGCAGACAGGCUUUGCAGCAAGUGUCUGAUGUUACAUGCGCCUGUACUACCCACGGAUCAGCACUCUCAAAGUUGCGAACACCAGAAAUGGCGACCGCGUCUCCCAGCAAUGGGGUGUCAGACUGUGGAGCACGGCCCUGGUGCAAUUGCAAAUCAGUCUUCUGGAGGAGAACUUCCCGGCACGCAGGAAAUCAUUUCAGUCCCACAGCUGAGAGAUGGUGACGGAAUGUAUGCCGGCACAAAUGCUUUGCCAUGGCAUGAGCUUGACUCGGAGGCUGAAGCCUUCGACCAGGCUCUCCAAGCGACGCAAGAAGCCUUGGGACAAGCAAAGGCUGCGAAGGCUGCGAAGGCUGCGCCGUGGCAGCCAAGGCUCGAAGAAAUGCUUGCUGCAGUUGAAACUGAAGCUCUUCGCGGUGUUCUAGAGAAGCACGGUUGGUCAGGUCAGCAAUUCACUCAGUCACCACGCUUGGAAGGGCUGUUGGAAGACCUGAACGGAGUCUCAGGCCCUGGUGAGGCCAGUGACAGUGACAGUGCAUUUGACUCAGAGCUCUCGAUCCCACCAUCGAAUGACAUGGAGUCAUCCUGCGCUGCUGCACCCAAUGACUGGGAAGACCGGUUGGCAAGACAGCCCACUGUCUUGGACAACUUGGGGCAGCUCACAGGCCUUGUUGUCUUUGGGACCUUUCGGUCCAGCGGUAGAGACUCCUCGAAAUGUUCUGGAGAGGUCAUUGUUCAUCGUGGCCCUGCAGAGCUGCAUGGCUGCAAAGUGAAGAUUUGGUGUGGCAAAAACCGCGGUCCCACUUGGAACUUCGACAGAUGCUAUGUCCGGAUCUUGGAUGCCAGCAUUUGGGGGCGCAAUCACCAACAAUCUGGCCGACGACCAUUGGAUGUGAAAAGGAUGGAACUCUUUGGACGCAUCGUUCACGCGCUGGAAUUUGGUGUCCCCAGGCAGAAGCUCUUCGUGUGCGUGAGGCAGAAAGUUGUGAACAAUCCGAACUGCGUGGCGUUCAAGCCAAUCAAUGGCACUUUUCCAGCCAUCCACGUGCCAUGGAACACGGCUGCGGGAUUGCCAAGCGGCCAUGAUUUGCACGUUGUUGAAGUGCAUGAUUGGAGUGGCGAUCGGCCCCCGAGAGGGCAGUAUUUGGAAGGCUUGAAGAUGGGCUCGCGCCAAUCAGACAUGUCCAUUCUCGAGCCAGUCCAGAUCUCUCUGAAUUUCUGUGACUGGACGCGUGGUGAUCCGAGAAGUGAACUUGCAGUGACAGACUUCCGACAGCCAGCAAGGAGAAUGUUCCAAAACAAUGGUCUGACGGUGGGCAUUCAACAUCCAGGUCUUCCCAUCGGCAUGGUGAUGUCUUGCGGCCCAACUGAGUUUUACGUGCAUGUGCUGGAUGUGAAUGCAUAUCUGAACGUCUUGGGGAUGGACAAGCUAGAAAACCUACUGCGGCAGCGGUCAGUGGGAGUGUGGUUUCUGGAUCAUUUCGACAAGCCUUUGGAUGCGAACUUACCCUUGUUCCCGCCCAACAUUGAGGAAGAGCUGACGUUCAAGGCCGGAGUGGAAAGGCCCGCGGUGACCUUUACCAUCCAGGCUACUCAUGGCAAGCUCAAUGUGUCGCUGGUGCGUGAAAUGACCGUCCGUUGCCACUACAUUCUAACCCCGCACGAGGCUGGAAGCCUGAUUCUUUCUGAGGGGGGAGGUGCUGUUGGUCAAAUGCUCCGACACCUAAGUGGCCUUGUGGUCCAAUCUCCAAGAGGUGACAUUGCAAGAGGAAGCGGAUCUACCUGGACACACUUACUGGUCGCCCUUGCUAUUCCAGGCCCACUUUUGGCGGCAGAGCAGCUGGUGCAGGGCUGUAUGUUUGUGGUCGAUCAAUUUGUUGGAGCGACUUUGGGCACACCUGCAUGGAACCAACUCUUGAAGGACCCCAAUCCACAACUGACAGUGAGAUAUGUUCACGGCCGUGCCGGCCCCAGCACAAAGAAGGUGUUCGCAGGCUUGCUUCGCCUUAAUCAGAGCGAACAACACAAGGAGAUCCAGAUAGCUGAUGCCAUGCGAUCGCUGGAAGAAAUCUUGCAGCAACCUGGGCUCACAAAUGCGCAGAGGCAUGCUUGCCGCGCUUCCUUUCUUCGGCGUUUGCAUGCUGCCCUUCCAGCGCCUUACUAUGACGUGGUCCAAAUGUGCAGCGAAAAUUCCAGAGACCAAGGCGACUGGUGGCAUCCGGAGCCGCGAUUUCAUGUUACAUCGCCUUUGAAUCGCUACAUUGACAUCCUGGGCAUGAGAGCUUUCAAGUGUCAGCUUGGAUGUAGAGUUUCUUAUCCUCACCUGUUGCUCUCUCAGAGGGACUUGGACGAGGCCAUUGCUCGGACCAAUUGCAGGAUGGCAGCAGAAAGCUUUGGGCUGCACAUCUUUCGGACUAUCUCCAAGAUGCGAGAGCUGUCUGGGAGUGGCCAGCAGGUCUUGGAUGCAGUGAUUGGAGGGGUCAGCCCAAAGUACAUCCAUAUCUUGGUACCCUCCGAAACGACUCACACUUUGGACUUGCCAGUGCCAGUGAGCUCUUUGUGUAGUUCAACCUGUGUCUCGGAGUAUGAUGCCGCCACCCAUUCGCUAAAGCUCACCAUGCAAAAUGGCAGGGAUCACGUCGACACCUUGCGCAUUCAUUCGUGGUCCACCCAGCCCAUGACUUGUGUGAUCUCUCGCAACUACUCGCAGCCCAUCCCGCACCAUGCCAGCUCCAACUCCAUCGUGGUUUGGGAAAUCAGAUUUCAUGGGGAGAAGGACUUCACUUUUCUCACGGGCCUCAAGAGUUUUCCAGAAUCUUUCUCCUCAUGGCCGGACCUCGCCGAUUGGCACCUGCUGGAUCGCAAGGUGGAGACCUAUGCAAAGGUGUGGUCGCGCAUCAAAAUGUGCCAGGUCCACGCUGCGGCUGUGUCCAGUGAUGCGUACACCCCAGCCACUGCAGCAAACGACUUGAAAUGGUUUCGCACCAGCGACGCUUGGCACUUUGAAUGCCACAUUGAUGUGAAGCUCUCUGAGUACCGAUGGGUUUGUGAAGGAGAUUUGGCAGUCUUGAGCUUGGAUCGUGGAAGCCGCUGUGCCAGAUUGCAGGGUACCCUGCUGCAGAUCAAAGCGGCAAAACAGACACGGGAAGAUGACAAGAAGGGUUUUAUUGUGGAGGUGGAGUUGUCAAAAAUCGCUGAGCUGGCAUGGCAACGGCAGGACUUCAGCUUGGAUGGUACCUCCACAUGGAGUCUGCACUUCAUUAUGAUUCAUCCCAAUGAGAAGAAAAGCAUCCAACUGCUUGAAGACAUGCAAAGAUCCCCAUUGCGGGGCAUGCGCUUGACCAUCCCCAGAAGCUCCAAGGAGGUGAAAAGGGAGAUGGAGAUGCGGCCAUUGGUUAGCAUCGAAGAGGUGAAGUCUGCCAUGCACUCGGCCUGCAGCAACGACAUGAACGAGAGGCAAGAGCUGGCGGUUCAACGAGGCUUGCAGCGGGCCUUCUCGAUGGUUCAAGGACUGCCAGGGACUGGCAAGACGUCCUUCCUGGUGCAGUGUGUGGCAGCUCUUGUGUCCGCCUCAAGACAGCGGAAGCGAGGGGAAGGCCGAAUCUUGGUCUGCGCGCCAUCCAACAACGCAGCGGACCACAUUCUAGAUCGAUUGCUGAGUGCCGGUACACCGCCCCACUACGUGACCAGAGUAUAUUCCAGGUUCAUUGAAAGAUAUCAUGGAAGCAUGUACAAGGGUGGGACGACAAACUGCGAGCGCAGCUUUUGGAUUCAGCCACACCUCGAAGAGCAUGCACUGCACUGGAAGGCGAGCGAAUCGCCCAAGGUGAAGUCUUUUCUAUCGCAGAGUCAGGAAGCCUUUGACAGAUGCUACGAAGAGGUAGAGGUGCAAGUCCUCCGCGAUAGCCGAAUCGUUGUCAGCACCUGUACGACAGCUUAUCUCCACAACGCUCUGGUGAAGGGCAACCCGCCUCACGUGCUUCGCCCAGUGAGCUUUGACAGCAUCGUCAUCGAUGAAGCGGCGCAGGCCAGCGAACCGGACAUCGUCCUACCGGCCACAUCAGCCAGCUGCCGCGUCAUCGUGGUGGGAGAUCACAAACAGCUAGGCCCUGUGGUGACAGAGAACAACUUAUGUGCCCCUUAUGUCAGUGCUUUGGAAACCCCAUUUCUGGAGAGGAUCUACCAAAACCCUCGGCGCUCAUCAGCGAGCACCAUGCUCAACAUGCAGUACCGCAUGCAUCCAUCCAUCCGGAGCUUUCCCUCCUCGCAGUUUUACGAGUCGAUGCUGGAAGAUCAGGUGUCGUUUACACAUCGCCCGAAACUGAAUUGCAUCUGGCCCCAGAAGAAGGAUCAUCGGCGUUUCAUCGAUUGCCAAACGCCGCAGUCCAUGGGUGUCUCGCCAGAAACUCGUGCCUGUGAUGCGGCCUUGAUGGAGAGCAAGGUUUCCUUGAAAAACGAGGGAGAGGCUCGAGCUGUGGUCGCUGCAUGUGCAGCCCUGCUUCGACAGAACUGUGCACCACGAGACAUCGCAGUGAUCACUCCUUACAAGGCCCAACAGCAUGAGAUUCGUGCCAGGUUGGAGCGAGACCGAGAAAUUGGUUCUAUGUCUGCAUCCAUUUUGGUGGGCACCGUGCACGCUCUUCAGGGCUCGGAGCGGGAGUACAUCAUCGUGAGCUUCGUGAGGAGCAUUGACGCGGACCAGGACGUAGUCACCUCCGUGGCAAAGACACCCGGGGACUCCGUCGCGCUGCAGGAGAUGUACGAGGAAAGCCUAGGCAUUCUGAAGAACUUCCGGGUGCUGAAUGUGGCCAUUACAAGGGCCAAGUAUGGCCUCAUCUGCGUUGGCAAUUCAGAAGUGUUGAGCAAAGGAUCGAAAGAUUUCAAUGCCUUCAUCCACAGCUUGAGGAGCCGCAAAUGUAUUGUGAGUCAAAAGGACUUUCUUGAAUCUGUCCGUUCACGUAGGGUGCGCAAAUGACUUCGGGAAUAGUUUGAACUUAGGUGAGG